AUGACUUUCCGUGGCAAAAACAGCUUCCGAGGUCUUCAGAAAGCAGUUAAUGCUCUUUUGGGUGAUGAUGAUGAAGGUAAUGAUGAUAUCAUUCCGGAUUUGGUCAUCAUUCCUCCGGAUCUAGACCAACUAACUGACACGGAAGAGUUUGAUGAAGAUAAUUUAGACGACAAUAUGAUGCCGACAGAUGUGCCCGGACAUAUUGAACUAGACAUUGUUGAGGAUAUGAUUGAUUACAAUAAAUCGACGGCCUCUGCAUCAGCUGCAGUGAUAGACUCAACACUAGAUGGACCAUCAACUUCUGCGGCAGCAUCGCGACAGAACUCAAUUUCAGAGAAAUACCUAUCUAUAGUUAAGUGGGUAGACAAUAGCGUUUGCUCGAUGCUUACCAACUUUGAUACAAUAACACCAGUGAAUUAUGUUAAGCGCUGGUCUCGCGAGAGUCAAAGCAAGAUCAACGUUCCACAACCAAAUUUAUAUGCCACUUACAAUAAACAUAUGGGUGGCGUCGAUAAUAUAGACCAAAAUGUAAAUGUCUAUCGUAUAGCACUGAAGGGAAAGAAAUGGUGGUGGGUAAUUUUCACUUAUCUCCUUGAUUUGACCAUGACAAAUGCUUGGAAGUUUUAUAUAUCACUCAAUAACAAAAACGAUAAAUUUAAUACACAACUGGAAAAGGCGUGCACCUUCUUCAUCUGUUGA